UCCGUGUUUGGCCAUUACGUUAUGCUCUCUUCUACACAUACACAAGGAUGAUAGAAAAGAGAAGACGUAAUGGAGUGUUCCCGAGCGUCCUUGCGAUGAAAACCACUUUAGUAUUCGACAGUAUUCGAGGAAGGGAGCUGCAAUGAAGGCGGGGGCCUCCUCCAUGUGGGCAUCAUGUUGCGGGCUGCUGAACGAGGUGAUGGGCACAGGGGCGGUCCGCACCCAGCAGCCGGGUUUUGGAGCCGGAGCCGGGCCGUUCCGCUUCGCACCCAGCGCUGGUUACUCCACCUACCCGCCCAGCAGCACCACCUCAGGAAGCGCAGGCCUGGCGUGCAAAGCUUGCGGACUGGCCUUCUCUGUGUUCAGACGAAAGCACGUUUGCUCAGACUGCAAGAAGAGCUUCUGCUCGCUGUGUUCUGUGCUGCAGGAGAACCUGCGGCGCUGCUCCACCUGUCACCUGCUGUGGGGCACGGCCUUCCAGCGGCCCAGGUUAAUGCGACUCCGCGUUAAAGACCUGCGGCAGUACCUCACACUGCGAAACAUCAACACGGACACCUGCAGGGAGAAAGAGGACCUGGUGGACCUGGUGCUCUGCCAUCUGAGCGCCGAACUGGAGAUCGGGGAGGAUGAAGAGGAGGAGGAGGAAGAGGAGGCGGAAGCGGAUACGGACAGUCUGCCCUCACUUCCGCGCUCCCUCUCCACGCCGCCCGCCUCCGCGGCACGAUCCUCCUCCCAGCAGUCGGCGCUGUCUGUCGCCGUGUCUCAGGGAGAGGCUCUCAGUCGCAGCGAUAGCUCAGGGACAACCAAUCAGGACCAUGGAGAUGCUACAUCAGUUUCCCUCCUCAACCUGGAGCCUCAUGAAGACAUCCUGGAGGCCAGCCCUGCGACGCAGAGGCGAGCACGCGCCUCCCUCUCGGAUCUGUCCCGCGAGGAUGACAUCGAGAGCCUGACAGUGCGGCAGCUCAAGGAGAUUCUCGCCCGCAACUUCGUCAACUAUUCAGGCUGCUGUGAGAAAUGGGAGCUGGUGGAGCGCGUCCAUCGUCUCUACAGAGAGAACGAACUCAACAGAAGAUCGAUGGAAAAUGUUAGCAACAGCCUAACUGCAGUCAAAGUCAUAGCUUACCCUCCUCCUAUAUGCAAUGGAGGUAUUGGAGAUGGUGUGCAAGUAGCUCAGCUUGGCGGCGCUGAUGAGAACCUAUGCCGUAUCUGCAUGGAUGCCGUGAUAGACUGCGUUCUGCUGGAGUGCGGUCACAUGGUCACUUGCACCAAGUGUGGCAAGAGGAUGAGCGAGUGCCCCAUCUGCAGGCAGUACGUGGUGCGGGCGGUGCACGUCUUCAAGUCUUAAUGGGUGAGCUUCACCUCCACUGGAAAACCAACACACCAGAUGCUUCCUGUUGGACCGAGCAGGCUGGGGCCGUGACUGGAACAAUGAACUGCCCCCCCAGAUUCAAAGUGGUGGAAACCUGUACUGCGCACACCUUCUUUACAGAGCAUUUCCUGCUGCCCAUUUUUAUUUGGUCAUCCAUUGACAUGCUUGAAAUCAUUUCUGCGGUUACUAACCAUGGGAAGAUGGAAGAUUUAGAGGAAUAACGUAUAAAAAUAUGAACGUUUAAGUGGUUUACAGUUCAUUCCUGUAAACUUUUUGGAAAUGUCUUCUUGUAUGUGCAAUAUUAGAAAUCUUUACGUGUGCGUGUAGGGAAACCGAUUGCCAUUAAGAUGCAUGUUGUUGUAGCAGCAGUUAAGACCAUUGGUGUGAAGGGGGAACGUACUGUAGGUGCCAAAGUAGAAAUGUGCAGAAAGGCUUCUGGAUUAUGUUUUGACGUGCUUUUAUUAUUAAUAAGCUUAUUAUUUUCAUGUAUUAAAUCCGCUAUUGCCAUACCACAAAUCAGCAUCCAUGACACCGGAUCAAAUGACCAGCUAGCAGAAGAGUUAUUUAUAGAAACUGUAUCGUAUUUUUUCACAGAGUCACUGGAAUCCAGCAUCUGCCGCUAUGUAGCUUAUUACUGGAACCUCAAUUACUUUUUUUUUUAAAUCAAAUUUAGCAGUGUCUGUCAAGCGUCAGGUGUGUGGUUGGUUUGUCUCCAUCGUGCUUCAUAUACAAUUUACUUAAAGGUGUACAAAGUCAUUUUUUUGAUUGGGUGGCUACUAGGGCUGCACGAUGUGUUGUUUAAGCAUCGAUAUCGCAAUGUACAAAUCCAUGAUAGUCACAUCGCA